AUGCCGCUAGUACACAUUCUCUCAGAUUUGUGCUCUAUAAGUCGUGAAAUAAACCUAGAAUGGGAUUGGAAACUGUUGUGCGAAAAGUUGACUCAAAUUAGUGGUGUGUUGCCUGCAGACAUGCUAUUCGAGAUUGAACUUCAGGAUGGUACCAAAAAAAGAGUGGAGAAAGCAGUUUCCAGAGCAGGUUCACUGCAACAAACACUGGGUCAAGCACCCCUUAUCAUCCGCAUUAUAGACACCAAUGAGAACUCGAUAGCAAACGAACUAGCUCAAGACCCAGCUUUCAACUCUGAAAACACCAGCGGUGAGGCACCCUCUGGGUUUACGCUUUCGGAAGACGACUACCAACAACGAUCAGAUUCUGUUUUACAAUGGAAGAAAAAUUGCGGACUGGGUAAGUUCGACCCGAACUAUCGCGCAAAGCUGGAAAAAGAUUUGACUUUCCAAGCUGACUGUGCAACAGACCUUGUGCUAAAUGAGCGUUGUCUGGUGAGCGCUAGUGACACCACAAGCGAAAGGAGAGGCUGGCUGCGAUAUGUAGGGAGCCUACCUGGGCCGCGAGGGGCGCAAGGCACUUGGUGUGGCGUAGAAUUCGAUGAACCCUGUGGAAAAAACGAUGGAACCCUCGACGGCCAUGUCUUAUUCGGUCCAGUGAAACCACAGUAUGGUGGGUUUGUAAAGCCCAGUAACGUUAAGACGUCAAGUGAAUAUCAGCCUAUUGAUGACUUUGCUUCUGACGACGAACUGUAG